AUGUUUGCAACAAUGCUGAAGCUAUUCGCAAUUAUAGCAGCCCUUUCAGGCCACAUCAGCGGCAUGACAGUGACAGUUCCUCAGACCACGGUGAACGUCACUGUUGGUGGAAAUGCCACUCUUCUCUGCACAUACAAAACAACUGGGUCUCUGGAGUCACUUUUCAUUCAGUGGAGUUUUUACAGUGCCAAAGAGAAACAAACUCUAACACAUUCCCCGUGCCGCAAUAUUCAGAGUAUGGAUGAAAAGUCAGUCAAUCAUUGUCAAAAGACGGUGUAUGUGACAGAUGCACGGGGGAGAUGUAGCUGGAAACACCAGAUCUAUUAUUUUCAGAAUGGACAGGCUUAUGAGUAUGGAGAGUUCAAGAACAGAAUAAACGGGACAACAAACCAAGGAAAUGCAUCAAUAACAAUUUCCAACAUGCAACCCUCAGACACCGGGUUUUAUACCUGCGAAGUUUUCAACCCACAAGAUUCAAGUGGACAGAACCAGAAAUCAGUGGCUGUCAGAGUACUGGUCAAACCUUCACAGCCUCACUGUAGCUUACGGGGAACCCCUGAGACAGGCCACUUUGUCUCUCUCUCCUGCUAUUCUGAAGAAGGGAUGCCUGCGCCUACAUACCAGUGGUAUAAAGUAUCAGAGGGGACCCACAAACCCAUGACAGAACAAUUCAAUACAAAAACUGGGCUUUUGAUUAUUGGUAAUCUCACCACCUUUGAAGCUGGAUACUACCGGUGCACAGCUAGUAACAGCCUUGGAAACAGCAGCUGUGAAGUUGACUUAACUGCAGCACAUUCAGAAGGUGGUCUCAUUGCUGGAGCAUUAAUUGGAGCAAUUCUGGGAGCAGUUGUUAUCUGCAUUAUUGUCUGGUUUUUAACCAAGAGGGAGAAGAAAAAGGAGAGAAAAGAGAAAGCAGCAAAUAGUGAAAUGCAACCAAUGACUCAGAAACAACAGGCAAAUGUGGAAUAUGCUAAUAUACCCACCCAAGAAAAUGAGUCUGUUGCCACUGCUACACCAAGCAGAGAAGCUAAUGCAGCCAAUGAAUACUCUACUGCUGCAGAAACUGCUGCCUCUGGAAUGCCUGAAAAUGAUGAGAUGCAAGGAGUGGAGACACAAACAAGAGCCUAAAAUUCUGUUGCAAUUUCCUUAUCCGCUAUGGACCCCAUCCUCAGAAAUAUUGGUACUGAAUUAACGCAGGAAGAAGUGUGGUUAUAACCCACACACGUGCAUUUGUGGUAUUAAUCACAAGGUGGGAGUUUGAAGGUCAUGCCUUCAACCAUCCAAGAAGUAUGUAUAUCAUGGCCUCAUUUUUCAAUUUUGUUAUUGCACUUAUUAACUAUCUAGCUAUGACUGUGUACCAAAUAUGAAUGACAGCAUAGCUAAUAUCUCCAUUUAUCCAACCCAUUUGAGAAUAUUAAUUAUUAAAUGGGUUUGGAAAGACAGACAACAUUGGAGCUUUCUUAUUGGCUGCUGGUGAAGCUAUGUGAUGGCUUGUAAACACCGGAGUCCCUUUUCUGAAAGAAAACGGUCAUUGCCAGCCAAUCUGAAGUGUUGCAUGUGCUGAGAAUGGCACAGGACGACUGUCUUAGCAAAUACAUUACAGUAUCUAAGGACCUGAUCCCACACCUUGGAAAUCAAUGGGAGUUUGGCCACUGACUUCAACAGGUGCAGGAGCAGACUCUUAGAGCAUGUGUUCAUAUCUGCCUCUAGUAGCCAUCCCCAGCAACAGUAACAGCCUGCCUCUCACUCGCAGUAAUGCAGUUACACCUUUAACUAAAGAAGUACUGUGGUAGGAAUGUUGCUGAAGUUCCUGGGUUCAAUUAUCACUGAUGAUCAGAGUCUGUCUGAAUGGCUCAUUAACCAAAACAAGAGGAUAUCAACAUUUGAGGCAAACUCAGAAAUUCAGACUGAUGAGGUGCUAAUUAUGAUCUGUACUAUAAAAGAGGGUUCAGUUUUGGCCAACUAACAUUAUUUAUAAAAUUCCAUAUCUACCACUUUGCUGUACUCUAGUGAGUUCUCUUUAUACA